AUGCGAAUGUCCAACACAAGCUCAACCCUCGCCAUGCCAAACUGGGUUAAAUAUCUACAAUCCUUCAAUUUUGUCUCGAAGUACAAAACUGGAAAAUCAAAUAUUGUUGUGGAUUCAUUAUCACGAUGUUACUCCAUAUUGUCCCUAUUAGAUGCCAAAGUACUUGGUUUCAAUCAUAUAAAAGAGUUGUACGUGGAUGAUCCAGAUUUUGCAGCCAUAAUUACAACCUUUUCAAAUGGGACAUCAAAUGCUCAAUACUCUAUGCAAGAUGGGUUUCUUUUCAAAGGUAAUCGUCUAUGUAUUCCCAAGAGCCCCAUUCGGAAAUUAUUGGUGAAAGAAGUCCAUAGUGAAGUCUUAGCUGGUCAUUUAAGAAUUAACAAAACUAUUGAUAUAUUAUAG